UCAAACAGAGAAGAAGAAGAAGAAGAAAACAUUUUAUCGGUGCCUAGCACUAGGAAUAAAAAGCAAUGAGUGACACAGAGAAAACUGAAAAUCGAAACAAGAAAUCAACGGAAGUACUUACUGCAAAACAAUCGCUGUCGCACUGUGCCCAACGGUGGCGUCGAAUCAAGUUCCAUGUUGCCUGUUUGGACCGACUCACCGGUGGCGGUUUGCCUUCACGUGGAAUCGUUGAAAUAGCGGGUGAUGCUGGAUCGGGCAAAACUCAACUCGCUCUCCAUUUGGCAUUGGUUGCCCAGUUUCAGCUGAAAGCUAACCCUAGGCUACAGCCUCGUGGGGUGGUUUACAUUUGCACUGAGCAUCCAUUCCCAUCCAGAAGGAUAACUCAAAUGGAACAAGCUUUGAAGGAAAAACGUGCCGAGAUGGACGAAGGACCGUUUAAUUUCACCGACAAUAUUUUCGUCGAACAUUUGAAUAGUUCAACAGCUUUGGAACAAUGUAUCAGCGAUCGACUCCCUGUUCUGCUGGAGAACAAUCCGAUCGAACUGUUGAUAAUCGAUUCCAUUGCGGCGGUCUACGGAGACGAACAGAACUACGUUGACCGUGCACAUUCCUUCCGACGCGUCGUACACGCUCUACACUCACUGCAGGAGCAGUUCGAUUUCGCCACCGUCUGCACCAACCAGGUACGGUCGGUGCUCGACGAUGCCAGUUUAGACGAUGAAAAGAUCGUACCGGCUCUCGGAUUAGCCUGGGCUAGCUUGGUACAUACUCGGAUACAGCUUAGCCGCAUAAUUGGAAACCACAAACGAACCUGUCGGCUUCAGUUCAGUCCCACAAUCGCCCCGGGAGAGUGCCAGUUUCUCAUUACUGAGGCAGGGAUUUCGGAUGCAAUUUGA